UAAUCCGUGACGCAGGUUCAUCCUCCAUCACUAGUCGAGCCCUGACUGAAAACACCCAGAAACCGAGCAAGCCAUCACGACCCAUGGAAACAUGUAGUUAACUCGCACAGUUUGUCUCAUCACGAUAGCAGGAGGGUUUGGUGGAGUUGAUCAUUUGGUAGGGAAGCUACCAUGGGUGGUCACGAUGAUGAAGAUGUGUCAUAUGUUGUAAAUAAGCAAAAGCAAGACGAAGAGCUUAAAAACAAGCUGAACGAAGGCAGCCACUGGUGUGACCAGGAGCCUAUCGGUAACAAUGCCAAACGGGUUAAAGAAGGCCAAAACCAGCUCCGCAAAGUAACCGAGAACCAACAGGAUCAGGACCACAACUGCAAUAUCAACCAGAAUGGUAACAAAGAAGACUUUCCUCUCCAGAACAUCACUCAGGAAGAACAACAGGGAAAUGAGGAGCAGACAAAGUCUCCCAAAAUAGCAAUGACACCUGGCCUCAGUCAGGAGGAGUCCAAGAACAUCCUUAAUGAGCCACUACUUAUUGACACACUGGAGUCUGAAGAAGAGAAAGAGAGAGAAGAGGAUGACAAAGAGAAAGAUAACCAUUCUGAAGUGCAUGAGGAGACUUCAGGUGGUGGCAGAGGAGAGAAACCUGCAGAACAAAGUAACAUUGAGUCUCAUAGAGAAGCCAGUGUUGUGGGGAGAAAUGCGUGCCUCCUCUUCUCCAACAUGAAUGGGACCCCAAGUGAUGAAGAGACCAGCUGGCCUUCAUUGUCUCAGGACCACUCAGACAAUUCUCCAAAUGGGAACAGAGAAUCUUUUUGGGACUCCAGUGCCUUUGAGACAGACACGGACCUCCCUUCUGGGUGGAUGAGGGUGCGUGACACAUCAGGCACAUAUUACUGGCAUAUUCCCACAGGCACCACCCAGUGGGAACCUCCGUCACCCCUGGGUAAAGUUGGCGACUCCAUGAUGUCCUCUACCAUGUCUCUGGAGACCACACCCUGUGAGGAACCUGAGGAAACUUGGGCUCAGCUUUCCAGCACAGAUGAUGGUGGGGAUGAAGGGGAACUGUGGAAGGAGGAGGGAGAAGCUGCAUCUGAUCAGAGUCUGAAGGAGUUUGAGGGAGCAACUCUACGCUAUGCAUCUAUCAACUUAAACUACAAUUGCUCCCAAUCAGAGGAAGACAAAAAACUUGCUCCACAGUGUACAGAUUUGGAGACUAAGUGUUUUGCAGUGCGUUCUCUGGGCUGGGUGGAGAUGUCUGAGGAGGACCUGGCACCUGGCAAGAGCAGUAUGGCUGUCAACAACUGCAUCCGACAGCUUUCUUAUCACAAACACAACCUUCAUGACACUGCUGGGAUCUGGGGAGAGGGUAAGGACAUGCUAAUGGUCUUGGAGAACGACACGAUGAACUUGAUCGACCCACUGGGCCAGACUCUACUUCAUUCUCAGCCGAUUGGGAACAUCCGUGUGUGGGGCGUCGGCAGAGACAAUGGAAGGGAAAGGGAUUUUGCUUACGUGGCUCGAGACAACCUCACUCAAGUGUUGAAGUGUCAUGUUUUCCGCUGCGACUCACCUGCCAAGAACAUUGCCACCAGCUUGCACGAGAUGUGUUCAAAGAUCAUGAUGGAGAGAAAGGCAAAUAAGCCAGGGGUGAGCAGACUCAACUCGGACCCAAGUAAACCUUUUGCCAUCCCUGUUGAAGAGUUUCCUGCUCCAAAAAAUGAGCUCUUCCAGCGCUUCCAUGUUUAUUAUCUUGGCUGUAUACCGGUGGCCAGACCAGUUGGAAUGGAGAUAUUGAAUGAAGCAUUAGAGUUUGCAAUAACUGGCAGAGAUAAAAAUGACUGGACUCCUGUUUCUGUCAAUGUUGCACCGGCCACCCUCACUAUACUUUCAAAACAGGACGAUGAAGUCCUGUCCGAGUGUAGGGUGCGUUUCCUGUCUUUCAUGGGUGUGGGGAAGGACGUCCGCACCUUUGCUUUCAUCAUGGCGGAAGGUCCCCAAGAGUUCACCUGUCACAUGUUUUGGUGCGACCCCAACGCUGCCAGUCUGAGUGAGGCUGUGCAGGCUGCCUGCAUGCUUCGCUAUCAGAAAUGUUUGGAUGCUCGCCCACCCAGCCUGGCCUCCUGCCUGCCCACUCCUCCCGCUGACUCUGUGGCUCGACGGGUUAAGAAAGGGGUGCAGAGUCUGCUGGGCACCUUUAAGAGCUACAGGUCAGGUUCUCAGUCCCCAUGAGCUGGGGGCAAGGAUUGUCUACUGACCAUUAAACACCAGGAUCCUUUCACAACAGCCCCUUCUCACUCGCACCUGCCCUCUAAUAAUUCUGUCACAGUUUCGCCUUACGACUGUCUCUCAUGUGUAGUCUGUUGUGUGUUAAGUAGUUUGUGGGGGAAUUAUAUCAGAAAUGAUUCCUGCUCUGUUUUACUUCAUACAGACACACGAACUCCUCACAUCAAACGUUUUCUUGUUGCUUUGUGUCUGCGGCUUUUGUGUUUUUUAACACAAUCAGUGCUACGAAUGUUUGACAUGGAUGUAAUAUAUUUGACCCGCCGACACAAGAAUUCCCUCUCUGAAAUGCUCUGUCAGGUCCUCCCCCAGUGCAGUUAUCAUCUAACACUCUUGCUUUUUUACUAAGAGCAAAUGUGAUGCAGGUCGUGUUAAAGACCCUGGCGCUGAUUUUUCUCAAACACAGACCUUUCUGUACCAACUUACGGUGUCAUAAUUCAUGUGCAAUGUAGUCACGAAUCUCCCAAACAAUGUAAUUUAGUCUUCCAACGAACUGCUUCAUCCUCCAUCACAUUGCGGACGGCCACUGAUUGGAUUAUAGUAUUCUCUUUCAUUCUGCAUGAACAUUUGCAUUUUCAUUGCUAGUGUGCAAUAACCAGAUGUUUCCGUAUGAUGUGGUGAUUAGAUGACACCCAUGUGGUGAUUUAUAUUCCACUUUAAUGAGCAGGUUUUUGCAGAUUGAAUGCGGGGCUUAAUGGAAACAACAGAGCCAUGAUGAAAAUUAUUAUCUCAUGAUGAUAAUAGUAAUAAAGAAACAAACUCUGGGUUUUCUCACAACUGUUUUACCACCAACCAACGACUGAACAGUACUGUAUAAUCUCACCACGGGCUGCAUGUUUUGAUAGCUUAGAUUACUGCUGUCUGCGGCAGUGUAGUGCUCAAGAGCCAUCAGUGUAACCUAUAAAUAUAUUUUUUUUGUGUUUCUGUAUCGAAAAAGGAGGUUAGAGCUGAUGUGGUGAUCUUUGUGUUACAUAGGCAUGUCACUAGUUAGUGUUGGUGUUUAUCAUUAAACUAGCAUUAGAGAGUUAAACCUCUUGUCACUUCCUUCAGACUCAGAAGAUCUCAGCAGGUCAGUGUCUGUAUUUACAGUUUGUGUAAAUGAGAAACCUGAAUUGGGUUUAUAUUUUAUCUUGUGUGUGUGCGCGCAUGGCCCUGGCCUCUCUGGUUUAUGUUUUGGUUCAUUUUUAUUUUUUCCACACACUACAGCGUAAACACAACACGAUUUAUACGUUAACCCGUUAGAUUUAAUUUUUAUAAAGACUACAAUAAUAGCGGAGUUGUAUUUUACCUUUGUGUCUGUUGUAAGUGAUCAGUACUGUAUGUAGCACAAUAGUAAUGCUCAUCUCUUAACGUUGAGGAUGCAGUGUGUAAGGUGUUUUGGCUGUUUUAACCUCAGCAGAGAAUUAUUUAGCCACAGUUUCUGGGGUUGUAACUCAACACCCUCUGACUGAACUCUGAGUAAAAAAAAAAAAAAAAAAAAGACUAAUCAACUUAAAGUCAGAUUUAUCGUCCAACUAAGUAAUAAUAAACAACAGCUUUCAGGCCUAAACGAUAUAUAGAAAUUUUAUGUGUUAAUAAACAAUAAAUGUUGACGUUUAAUUAAUGUCUCAUGUCUAUUAAAGGCCACAAUUGCCACAAUUCUAAAUGAUUCAAUAUAUAUAUAUAUAUAUAUAUAUAUAUAUAUAUAUAUAAUGCUUAAAUACAAUUGAAAUGCAUACAUUAAAUAUAUAAAUAAGUAAAUUUACUCAUAAUUAUUUAAAUCUUUCAGUAAUUUAUAGUACAUAAUUAAAAAACUUUGGAAAUUAUUAAUCAAACUGUUCAAAGGUAUAUAAAAGUAUUUUAUUAUUUCUUUUUAUUUUAUAAUCCUGUGAAGCAGCACAUCAUGAUUUUAUCUUAUCUAACAGCCAAAACCAUUUAACAAGAUAAUUGAUCUGCAGUUAAGCUGCAUUGCAGGAUAAUCAAUCAUGUGCGUUUUUUCUGACGAGCCUUAGUGACAGUUUAAAGGGCAAAUGUCAUAAUUUUUACAGCUUUUCAUUUUCAGCUGUUAAGCCUCGAAACUCAUCAUAGCUAUUUUUAUUUCGAUGUCCAAGAUAAAGAAAUAUGUAUUACAAAAAAGAAAUUGUGGGAAAAAUAAAAAACAAGCACAAGGAAGCUGGCAACACAUCCAAAAGUCACCAAAGGGCGAUGUUUCAGGUGGGAUACCAAAAUUGGGCAUCAAUGCACCUCACAAUGGCUGCCCAAGACGAAACAGCAAAGUCUCCAGCUGGAAUGUGCAUUUGUAAAGCCAGGAAAACUCAGAGACAAUCUGGUGCUCUAUGGAGAAUUAUUACUGGAACAAAAACCAUUCAAACUCUUUAGUCUGUCUGCAUUUAGUUUUCUCACGAAAUGUCAUGUAGCCCUUGAAAGUCACUUUCAGCAACUGCUGGACAGUAAAACGGUCUUCUGCAGUCAAGUGCUCUUUCAUUUGGCUCAGACACAGAAGAAAAACGUGAUCUACUGAAACUGAUUAUUGGCUAAAAAACGUUUUCUUAUCUGAAACUUGAUGCUCAUAAAAAAUGUCUUCAGUGACCUCGUUGGUCUGGCUGUUUGAGACAUCAAACAGUCCUUGUGUCCACAUCCCUCAGCUUUGGGUUGUUGCUUUCCUUGCGUUUAAGAAUUGUUUUACAACUCCGGGAUAAAAAACAUUUUCAACAGAGAAAUCCGUCUUCCCUACCUGCGUUUACUUUCGCGAAACUCGCCCACAUUAUACGCAUUUCCUUUUGUGUCAAGCGGCCACACAGCCUUUCAGCAUGUUCCUGUUUUAGUGGACAGGUUUCAAAGUGCUUUCCGUUUUCAGAGAAUUACAUUUUAAAGUUAGCUGUAUACUUUGAAAAGCAAUGGAAAGCUGAUUGUUUUUCUUUUUUUGCUUGAUAGUUUGAAGAUGUUUAGGUUAACUGGUUCGAAUAUGAAGAUGUUUGCUCUUUGAACUAGUUCAUGAUGGGCUGGAGCCCAGGAAAUAUUAAAUAAAACUGAAAUGAUCAGAUGUUUCCUUUACAACACAUUUAUAUAAAUACUUUUUUUUUAUUUUAAUGUAUUCAUUACAGAUUGUUUAACUAUCACAUAUAUAAAUAAUUGACGAGCUUUGUUAGAUUGUGGCACUUUAGGCUUUUGAUGAUUAUCAGCUAUAAACACUAAAAUUCUUCUACCUUAAAAAAAUAGGUUUUUCUACCUUUACUCAUGUAACUGCCUUGUCACUCAUGUGUCACUUGGAGUUAUUGUGGUUUUUUCCUCCUGAAGAUUGCUUUGUCCAGUCAUAUGGUUAAAAAAAACAACAAAAGACAAUAGAUUAAUUUAUUACUGGUCAUGUAAAUUAGGUGUAAAAAAUGGAUGUAUAUAAAAGUCACUGCACAAUAAAUGUGGACAUAUCAA